UCAUUCUGGACACUUGCACAAAAAACAACACAGCUAAGUGCUCUUUAAACAUACAAACACAACAUUAGUGCAUUGUGUUUGUAUCUAAAGUGUCUGUAGAACACUACACUUGACUGCAAGACAUUGUUUAGACAAAGUAGCCAUGCCUAAUGUUACACAUUGAUUUGUUUAUACGACAGCAGUUUAUCCUGUCUGUAUUUGUGUGACUUUAGAAGCAAACUAGCUGCUUGUGGCGUCAUUUGAGUGCUUUACAUUCUAAAAGGCUACUUCAAAAUAUAUUGGUUAAGUUAGUGGAAGGAAGCUAAAGAUUCGCUGCUAUAUCAAUGUUAGCUACAUUCCUUUUCCCGUUAGCUACAUUCCCGCCAAUCCUCCUCUUCCUUCUUCUUACUUACUCAAACCACAGCAGUUUGUAGCGAGUCAUCUCUUCGUCGUGCACUAAAGCUGUGCCCAUCUUCUUUCUGCAGCGGGCAGCAAGGGGGUUCUCCAUUGGAAUGAAGCAGCAGGAGAAAAGUGAGCCUUAUAGCGCCUCCAUCUGGACAGUAGUGUUGCUGCGCCUCCCCUAAAGUCUUUUGGGGGUAUUCUGUAUCUAAUGCAGUUGAAGAUCUGUCUGGACCAAAAUGUCUUCCAUAACAAGCAGAAUGUUUGACAUGCACGGGAGAAUUUGUGGAUCCACUGGAAGAAGCCGCUGGAGAUGUUAGCUGCAAUCCCCCUGCUGGUCGACAGAGGGCGUGCUGAGCGUGGAUGCGUGUGUUGGAGUAUUUGAACGCGUGCGUGUCCGUCAAGUGUCUCCGCGUCUGCAGAUCCUUCAGAGAGGAGGAGGAGAACAUGCUCUCCAGAAAAGUGAUGACCAUGCAGUCGAGGAAGAGGAGGCCGAAGGGGAAGAAGGAGAAGCCGGCUCAUCAUCGCAGGCCUGAGUCGCAGCAGAAAGCCUCGGUGAGCGUCACCCCUCCCCUGCCGCCCCCUCCGCCUCCCCCGGAGCCGGCGGGGCCCCCAGAGCCGGAGGAGGAGAUCCUGGGCUCUGACGAUGAGGAGCAGGAGGACCCAGCAGACUACUGCAAAGGAGGAUAUCAUCCCGUCAAGAUCGGGGAUUUGUUCAACGGGAGAUACCAUGUGAUCAGGAAGUUGGGCUGGGGACAUUUCUCCACCGUAUGGUUGUGCUGGGACAUCACAGUGAAGAACUUUGUGGCCAUGAAGGUGGUGAAGAGCGCCCAACAUUACACUGAGACCGCCUUGGACGAGAUCAAACUGUUGAGAUGUGUCAGAGAGAGUGACCCCGUUGACCCCAACAAGGACAUGGUGGUCCAGCUGAUCGAUGACUUCAAGAUCACCGGAGUCAACGGCAUUCACGUGUGCAUGGUGUUUGAGGUCCUGGGUCACCACCUGCUGAAGUGGAUCAUCAAGUCCAACUACCAAGGUCUUCCUCUGCCCUGCGUCAAGAGCAUCAUCAGACAGGUGCUGCAGGGGCUGGACUACCUGCACAGCAAAUGUAAAAUCAUCCACACGGACAUCAAGCCGGAGAACAUCCUGAUGUGUGUGGACGACACCUUCGUCAGGCGCAUGGCCAUGGAGGCUGCUGAGUGGCAGAAGGCAGGAGCCCCGCCCCCUUCUGGCUCGGCAGUUAGCACAGCCCCCCAGCUCAAAGUGGUGAGUACGACUGAUGUGGGAAAGAUCUCCAAGAACAAGAAGAAGAAGCUGAAGAAGAAGCAGAAGCGUCAGGCUGAACUUCUGGAGAAGAGGAUGCUGGAGAUCGAGGCCCUGGAGAGGGAAGCUGAGAAGGAGAAAGGGGAGGAGUGGGAGGAAGAGCGAGCCGGAGAAGAAGAAGAUGGCGCCCAGAAGAAGCAACCAGCACCACCAUCUUCUGCAACACCAGCACCAUUGGGCCCCAGCUUGGCCCUGGGAGAGAGCGAGGAGGAGGAGGAUGACGAUGAGGACUGGGAGGAUGUGGAGGAGGAAGGUGGAGAGAGGCCCAUCAGGUUAACCAAUCACACAUGUGCGGCGCACACGGAGGAGCCCGGCGAGGUGCCUGAAGAUGGCCGUGAAGAAGAAGGAGAAGAUGAGAUCACGCCUGUGGCUGAAAAGAAGGCCUCCAUCCCUCUUGUCACCGUGCAAGCUCAUGGAGAUUCAACACCGGCAGAGGAGGAAGAGAAAGAGCCAGAAAAGAAAGAGGAGACAACAGGGAAGGUAAAUGAGGAGCAAAAAGAGACUGAGCUUGAGGAGAAGGAGGCAGAAGAGGAGGAGAAGGAGGCAGAAGAGGAGGAGAAGGAGGCAGAAGAGGAGGAGGAGGAGGAGGAGGAGUCCAAUGAGGACGACGACACCACCACCGACCUCCUCACUUCCCCCAUCAAGUCCCUGACCAAUAAAACCACUCUGCCCAAAACCAACGGCCACAUUCUCCUCAACUCUGAGGGUCUGGUAGACAACCCGGUCCCUUCGCCCACCCCCGAGACCCUCCUCUGCCCCCUGGUGGAGUCUGAGCUCAGCUACACCGACAAGGACGUCUCGCUCAGCUCCGGCUACGAGAUGUACAACGGCGAGACGGUGCUGACCAACGGCUCCGGCGAGCGCCAUCGGGUCGCAGCGGUGCUGCCUUUCCCUGAUUUACCCCUGGAUCCAGAGCCGGGGGACCCCGCCUGCGUGGGGGCGGGGCAAUCACCGGAAAGCCCCACGGCGGACCGCAGCCGCACCGUGUCAUCCUCCAGCACAGGGGACACACCCAAAGUCCGGGUCAGAGCUGCAGACCUGCUCAUCAACCCUCUGGACCCACGUAAUGCUGAAUCCAUUCGAGUGAAAAUAGCUGACCUCGGAAAUGCCUGCUGGGUGCACAAGCACUUCACAGAAGACAUCCAGACCAGACAGUACCGCUCCAUCGAGGUUCUGAUAGGAGCUGGCUACAGCACACCUGCAGACAUCUGGAGCACCGCCUGCAUGGCCUUUGAGUUGGCCACAGGAGAUUACUUGUUUGAGCCUCAUUCAGGGGAGGACUACUCCAGGGAUGAAGACCACAUCGCUCUGAUCAUGGAGCUCCUCGGGAAGGUCCCACGCAAAGUCUUCCUAGACGGGAAGUUCAGCCGAGAGUUUUUCUCCAAGAAAGGCGAGCUGCGCCACAUCACUAAGCUGAAGCCCUGGUCACUGUUCGACGUGCUGGUGGAGAAGUACGGCUGGUCGCACGAGGACGCCAGCCACUUCGCCCACUUCCUGCUGCCCAUGCUGGAGAUGGUGCCCGAGAAGAGGGCGUCGGCGGGCGAAUGCCUCAACCACCCGUGGCUCAACUCCUAGUCCUUAGGACCCCUCCACCUCCACCUCCUCCUUUCCUUUGCUCCCUCAACAUUGUCCCCCCCCAGUGGCAGCCUGUGGUACUGUAGCCCUUCAAUGUUGUCCCCAGCGGAACGUCAACACAAGCUCAUUAAGACUUUGUGGUCUUCCGGAACAUCCCGAGAGCUGCUCCUCAAGACUCCACCUGGAUUACUGCCCAGCUCCACCUGCCAUGGACUUCUUGCUCCCACAAUGGCCUCCCAGAGAUGCAUGAUCCCUCCAGGAGGGGGCGCCACACUGGAACUUGAGCGGGAAUACUUCACUCCGUUUAAAUGCCACUUCUUUGCCCACAACACAAAGUGGGCGGUCCUUGUCCUUCAGGAAUUUGACAAGUUUGUACAUAAGACUCAGAUCUGGCAACGCACACGAGCAUCAUUCCAAACUCUUAAUUGGAGAAGAAUUCCUGGGAGGGUGACUCUAUGCCUCCCCCUGGCGGCCCAACGUGAGUACUGCAAGGCUGCUUACUCACAUUAUCACGACUAGUCCGGUUGCCUAUUUUUUGCAAUUGCAAUAAAAAAAACAAGUAUAAGUAAAUGGUGAGAUAUUUUUUAAGAAAACUAUUUAAUUCAUUUAAAAAAAGAAAAUGUGGGGGAAAAAAAUGGCUGUUGUGAUAGAAUCUUCUGCGGAAAUUGUGUUUUGUCUAUUAUAGUAUUUUCUUUCCUUGUUAUUAUAAUUAUUCCUGUUGAUUAAUAUUUAUCGUUACAAUUUUUUACUCCCUCCUUAGCUGAACAGUGCUGCCCCCC